GCGAAAAAGAGGAACUUUGUUCGCCACAGCGCUGUUCCUUCUUCUACUACAUGCCUUCAGGAAACCUGGUGCUGUUCGUAUCGGAGGUUUUCGGAGUUUUGAAGCCUUUUGGGCGGCUGAAGUCAGGUUACUGGUGUAUGGGCCAAGGUUGCAGUUCAGCCUCUCCAAGUGUUACAUAUUCUCGUUGUGCCAUGUCGUCUACUCACUGUGCAAAGUUCGUCCACACGAAAACUCGGGCCUCGCCGUACCCGCGGUCCGAACGGAAACGGCAGAUGUUCACGGAUGACCUGGUGAAGUGGGACGUAGAUUUCCCAGAGUACACACCAGAGGAGUAUACGGCACCAUCGGUGGCUAAGGGACCAGUAUGGGCCGACCCACCGGCAGGUAAUCUGGACUCGGUAAAGUGGAACCAAAUGGAUGGCAAAGUGAACAGGGAGAGUUUCACAGAUCAGUACAAGAUAAUCAAUGGUUUACCAAGGAAUCCUAUGGGACGGACAGGGCUGAAGGGUAGAGGACUGCUGGGAAAAUGGGGACCAAACCACGCAGCUGAUCCCAUCGUAACAAGGUGGAAAGUAUCAUCCUCAGGACAGGUAGAGAAACACCCAAAGUCAGGGGACCCCAUCCUUCAGUUUGUGGCUAUCAAGAGAGGGGACACAGGAGAGUGGGCUAUACCUGGGGGUAUGGUUGAUGCGGGUGAGACAGUUUCGUUGACAUUGAAGCGGGAGUUCGGAGAAGAAACGAUGAACUCGCUACUCGCUACCCCUGAGGAGAAAAAGGAAAUAGAGAACAACUUAGCCAAGCUGUUCAGUCAUGGGGCAGAGGUGUAUAGAGGCUACGUUGACGAUCCCCGCAACACAGACAAUGCCUGGAUGGAGACCAUAGCUGUCAACUUCCACGACGAAGAGGGGAACAGUGUGGCGCGAUUUAACCUCCAAGCCGGCGAUGACGCUAACGCUGUGGCGUGGAUGGACGUUGGCAGCGAGCUCUGUCUCUUCGCCAGCCACACACACUUCCUAAAGAAGGUGGCAGAACUUAGGAAAGCACACUGGUAACAGUGUUUAUAUUCAACGCAUGUAUUGUUAGGCAUAUCUGUGAAACUCACUCUCUUUUUACAUAGGAUUCAAAACUAAGUACAUGUAAUCGGUUUAGGUAUACAUCAAUGAAAAAGUCAUCUUCAAGAUAUAAUUGUGCUUGUGCAAGACUGUGCAUUAAAACUUACCUGAUUUUUAGACUUAUCCAAUUCUAUACAUACAAAUGUAUGUAAGUUUAUAGUGCUGUAUAUAUAAUUGACUCUAUGGCAGGUAUACUAUGUUAUGUUGUAUGACAUAUUUCAUAAUUGUUAUUAGUUUCAAGCUGUCAUGUCUCUUUCGUGUGAUGUUAGGAGCCGUUAAGAACAUCACAGUACAUAGUGUACUUUCAGGUACUAUGUGUUUUUAAAAGUAGUCUCUUUUCCGAAUGAAAGCUCAAUCUGUGUUGGUAAAUUCCAUAGUGAAAAGUUUA